AUGCUUCCUGUUUGUUGCUGUGGUGACGUGUACUCUUCAGUGAAAUGAUGGCGGUUUUAUGGGGGGGUUUUGGGGUGAAGCAGUGGACUGGGAGACUAUGUUUACCAAUUGUACUUCUUUUGAACAGUCUCAGCACUUCAGUGGGGCGUAUCCACCAUUUGAGUCUUAAGGAUGAAACAAGGCCAGAUAUUCAACUUAUUACUUUUGGAUUCUUUACUAAUGGAACAUUAUCUGUUAACCUCUCCAGUCUCACUAUUCACUCUACCAAAGUAGACUUUGCUAGCCAGCAGAUUGGCUUUAUCCUGUCUAAAUCAGUGAUCGAUGGAGGACUGUUUUACUCGAGACAACCAUCUGAAACCUGUCCUUUGAAGUCCGCAAAAAAAGAUAAUGUGCUUUCAUUUGUCAUCGAUUUAGAAAAGAAGCGGGUCUUGGUGAUAAGAAGCAACAUGCAGAACCUGACAGUGACAGAAUGGCAACAAGAGGAGGCCGUAGACAAAGGAAAGACACAAGACGAGUCCUUGAAAACAGAAAAGAAACCUCCUGCUAAGAACUCUCCUGUGAAAGUUGAUCAGAAGUCAAAGCGCGGAGCUGAUGAUGAUGACAUUAAUAACAAUCCUUCAAAACAGGAGCAAAAGGAAAAAUAUGAAACACUUGCCCUUAGUAAGGUGAACAACUCCUACAGCUUCAAUUUUACAGUUAUGUUUGGAUCCCAAGCAGAAGAAGGUCUGUAUACCUUAAACUUCUUCAACUGCUACAAUCUCGGUGACAACAAAAACCCUUUCAGUAUUGAGAUGAAAAUAGUUGAGCAGAACCCAGGAGGUUACCUGUCUGCAUCGGAGAUUCCUCUCCCUCUUCUUUACAUCAUCAUGUCUGCCUUCUUCUUUGCGGCUGCCAUAUUCUGGGUAUCUAUUCUUCUACAGCACAGGCUGAAAGGUGCUCUGUUCUUCAUCACGUUGGCCUUGAUAGGCACCGGAUUGGCCUUCAUCAAAUACAUUCUGUCUGACAAAGAAAAGAAGAUUUUUAUGAUAGUCAUUCCCCUGCAGGUACUUGCCAAUGUUGCUUACAUCUUUAUUGAAUCAUCGGUGGAGGGAACAAGUGAAUACCUCUUCUGGGGAGAGAUUCUGUUUCUGGUUGACCUUGUAUGCUGUGGUGCCAUCUUGUUUCCUGUCAUUUGGUCAAUUCGACAUUUACAGGAAGCCUCCAGUACAGAUGGCAAAGCUGCUAUGAACCUGGCUAAACUGAAGCUCUUCAGACAUUAUUACGUGAUGAUUGUCUGCUAUAUUUAUUUCACAAGAAUUAUCGCAAUGAUGCUAAAAGUUACUGUUCGCUUCCAGUGGCAAUGGUUCUACCAGCUCUUAGUUGAGGUGUCCACACUUGUAUUUUUUGUCCUAACGGGAUACAAGUUCCGGCCGGCCUCAAAUAACCCCUAUCUUCAGCUGCCUCAGGAUGAAGAAGAUGUAGAAACGGAUGAAGUCUUGACAGAGUCUGGAGUUCUUGAAGGAGUGUCCAAGGUGAAGAAGAGCAUGAAUGGAAGAGAGAAAAUCCAAGACUCUGCAGUAUAGGAGCGGUGUUUCAGCGAUCUGCUUACUGCCCAGGACAUGUAUGCUAGCACAGGGGCUGAGUCAUAAGAGUGCACCUGAAGAGCAUGUCCUGCCUGCCCAUCAGCUACCUGAUGGCACACCUGUUCACUUCUGCUUUUCCUGAGCUCCUGUUUAUGCUCCUGUGUAACAGGAACUCAUGAUGCCAGCUACGGGUUGGACUGUAAAACCAUAUAGUACCUUAUAAACAGUUCCUUCAUGCAGCUAAGUUUUUUGCUGUCGUCACAAACUCUGCUUUGCUUUUUAGGUUGUGCAGCCUGCUUUGGGUAAAUAUUCAGUUUUUAUUUCUGGCCCACAGAUGUAAAGCUCAGGUGUUCAAAAAACAAGGAAAUAUAACACAUGGCUGCUCCACCUUUUUCUCACAGUAGAGUGUUAGCUUUGUGUCUGCUUUGACAUUCUGCACUCUUACGUUAUCCCUGACAAAUGCAUUUAAGUCCUAUAUAAUCCAUUGGCAUCUGAAGUUCUUAAGAGGAUCUAGAUGUAAGUCUGUCUGGCAUUUUCUGAGAUUUAGUCCAGCUGUCACUAGUGUCCCUCAGUCGCUGUUUGUUAUCACACUGUAAGAUUCCAGUGCGCUACAUUAACCUGACAACAUAUGAUAAUUAAGCUGCAGUGCCACAACUGAGCAGAUUCGAUGUUUUCAUGCCUUGUACGUGCCUUUGGCGAGUUAUUGAGAGUGAGCAUUUCUUUCACUACUCAGACAUGGUUUUAAAUCCAUGAACUCUAGUACAGGUUUUCAUUUGCUAUUACUAACAGGUGAACUUAUAACUUUGUGUGAAGCCUUUCACUAGUAGACAGUUGUAAGGUCUAUGCCUUCAGUCAUGUCCUACUUGGUAGCCAACAAAGGCUUGCAAGUUCCACAUUUUUGUACCGUCAUUAAUUCAAGGAAAGCUUAUGUCUGAUCGUGUUUGGUAAAAGACUUUCCUUAUUUUAUUUGUGUGCGUGCAUCUGUGUGCAUGUGUACGUGCAUGUGCGCACGUGUGCGUGUGACAUUGUUUAUCAGUAGUAUGUAGUGUACAUCAUGCUUGUAAACAUCAACAUUUCAUUUUCUCUUCAAAGUGCAGAGUCAGACUUCAUAUUUGAAACACUAAGGAAUGAAAUUAUAUGUACUAAUAUUUAUAGUUUUUGUGACUACUAGAUGUAUUGCAUUCUUAUUUUAUGCUUUAAAAAGUUAUUGGAUAUUGUGGAUGAUUUAAUUGUUUUUAUGGUACUGAGAGUGUUUUGGAAAUGAAAUGAGUUGCAUAUUCCAUAAUAUCUGGCAUUUGAAGGGCAGUGCUUGGAAUUGAAUGCGUUAACUGUGAACCCCAGUGUGUAAUGAGAUCAGUUUUCAGGAUAUAACAAUCUACAGUGUCUCAGCAGAUAGAGAGCAAAGGAACUCUGCAGAAGUAGGAGAUUCAUUGCAAGUGCUUUGCUGACUUACUGAAUCUUUUUUGGCACCGGUAUUCGUAAAGCACAAUCUUUGUGGCAGUAUGCACGUCAGCUCUCAGGUUAACACUGGUUACAUGUUUGUUGUUCUAUUUAUUUAUACACAUAUAUAUUUUUCUAGCUUACUUUUAGCUGCUUCUUCGGGGCUGGUUGUUUAUGCUGAGCAGAGGGUGUCGGUUUUGGCAGUAGUGAUGUAAUGCUGCAUUUCACUUUUGAGUGACAUGACUUCCAGUACUACGUUAAUCAGAAGUAUUGACUGAGAACCUUAGUUUGUUAGCCUUCCUGUAAAGGGUAGGUGAAUCCCUGAGUUUACUUUGUGGUGCAGUACAAUCCUACUUUCUUGGUAACAAGGACAGAUGCCUGUGGGUGAUAUUACUCCUCCAUCACUAUACACAGUCAGACAUCAGUGUAAUGCAUAGCCUUGUGUUAAAAAUGAGCUAACAUGACUUUCCACCAAUCGCACAUGUGAUACCAUUUUGUGGAAGUGUAAUGUAGCCAUGUGGUAGUUUACAGAAAAUUUUCCAUUUAAAUGAGCAAUUACUAUUUGCACAUGCAUUCUGUUUAAAUGAAUGUGCAAUGCAUGGGUAUUGAUGUUUAAGUGAAAUUUACAAUUUACAUACAUUUAUUUAAAUUGAUAAUUUAACAUCACUGAGUUGUGAUAAUACUGUCUACUGAUCUAUGUAACUACACUGUGUACAUCUGUGACUGUGCUAUGAUGAAUUAACAAAUGUUUGCCCCUGGCAUACAUCACCUGUUUGUAAGUGGUUGUCCUUGUACUUACUUGUACUUACCUACACAGAACAUGAUUCCUCUGUGCUGCUUAUGUUGUACAACACUGACCGUGUAUCAUGCAUCACAUGUUCUGGGAUUUUAUGUAGUCUGUGUGUGUGUAUGUGUGUGAAGAUAAGCAUCUUUGUAAUGUGCAUGGCUAGAAUCAUCUUCGUGUAUAGAUGCCACUUCCUAGUACAGCUACCUGCCAUUCGGUGGGUGCAGUUAUUUGUAAACGAAUGAAUGCAGUGGUACAGCUACCUGCCAUUCUGUGGUGCAGUCCUUUGUAAACGAAUGAAUAUAGCGGUACCUGCCA